AAUUGUCAUACUUGCUCUUCUUUUUGCUUCAAAUGGCCGUUAAAGUGUUAAGUUGAGCCACCAGCCAUGCCAGACCAAAACUCAACCAAACUACAUAUGAACUUUGUGAACUUCUUCUCAUAAAAAAUAAAAAGGCCACAAAAACUAUAUUCCCAAACAAGCUAUACUCAGCACUGUCAUCUCUUUCUCUUGUCUCUAACUUAGAUUUGGAGCUCUUAUUCAUACACACCUUGUUGUUUAACUGGUCAACUCGGGUUGUGAUUAUCUUUUGGAAUUUUAAAGCCAUUUGCGUUUUUCCAUUCUUCAAAUUAAGCAAAGAUGGGAGAGAUAUCAAGCUUCCAAUUGGGUGUUAUUGGUGCACUAUUUCUCUCAGUGGCUUCCUCUGUCUCCAUUGUCAUUUGCAACAAAGCCUUGAUGAGCAAUCUUGGCUUCCCUUUCGCUACAACACUUACAAGUUGGCAUUUGAUGGUUACAUUUUGCACCCUUCAUGCGGCUCUACGCUUGAAUCUGUUUGAGGCCAAACCCGUUGACACGAAGACAGUCAUGCUUUUUGGCAUUCUGAACGGAGUUUCCAUUGGAUUUCUCAACUUGAGUCUUGGCUUCAAUUCCAUUGGGUUCUACCAGAUGACAAAACUUGCAAUCAUACCAUUCACGGUAAUGCUAGAAACUAUUUUCCUCAAGAAACAGUUCAGCCAGAAAAUAAAAUUCUCUCUUCUCCUCUUACUUGUUGGAGUUGGCAUUGCCUCUAUCACAGACCUUCAGCUCAAUUUUGUUGGAACCGUUCUUUCAGUUCUAGCUAUCAUAACAACAUGUGUUGGCCAAAUUCUGACCAACACAAUACAGAAGAAGCUUAACGUCUCUUCCACUCAACUGCUUUACCAAUCUGCUCCAUUCCAAGCAGCAAUUCUUUUUGUUUCAGGCCCUCUAGUGGAUCAGAUGCUCACCAAGCAAAAUGUCUUUGCAUACAAAUAUUCCCCUAUAGUCUUGAUAUUCAUCAUUUUGUCCUGUUUGAUAGCCGUUUCAGUGAACUUUAGUACCUUUCUAGUUAUAGGGAAAACAUCUCCAGUAACAUAUCAAGUUCUAGGCCACCUCAAGACUUGCCUUGUUCUAGCAUUUGGGUAUACAUUGCUCCAUGACCCCUUCACUGAGAGGAACAUUAUUGGAAUCCUAGUUGCCAUUUUUGGAAUGGGCUUGUAUUCUUAUUUCUGCACUCAGGAGAACAAAAAGAAACAAUUAGUUGAUCCCCCACUGGCAUCUCAGGUUAAAGAUAAAGAUAACUCACCACUUUUGACUGGGAAAAACAUGGACAACCAAGAAAAGGAAAGUCAUGAGCCUAAGAAAUCAAGCAAGGACUCUCUUGUUUAAGAAGAUCAGGCUGUGUUUAUUAUGAUCAGUUUUAUUUGAAGAUUCUUUCAAUGUUUAGGUACCUUGACGAGUGUAAAUCAAAUUUUAUUUAGACUUCAAUUUUGAUGCAGUGGUAAUGUAAAAACAUUCUAAAC